CCAAUUCAUUCCAAGGGGCAUUACCUGUUUUCAUGCAUUCUAAUAUUGAUUGCAAGUUCAAUGAAUGGAUGCUAGACUGAUAAGAGUGGUAGAUCUAACAUUGUGUUGGCGGCAUAGGGGUGUCAAAAGGAAAUUAUGCUUGAAGCUUAUCAGUGAUUACCAAUGAUGUAUGUGACUGUUGCAAAUUUGGCCGAGUUCAUGAACAAUAGUAUCAUUGGUUACAUACAUCAGGCAUAAAACUACAUCAUUCUCCAAAGGCACUGCUGAUCUGAGUGUUCUGGAGAAGCUGGCGCUAUAUUGAAUACAUAUUUGGAGAUCUUUACUUGAUUUGGUCGGCUGUAUUAUAUUCGUGAACUCAAAGUCAAGGCCUGUUUUAGUGGAAGAAUGACUCCUUGCUUUUAAUAUAUAAAUAAUACACUGGAUAUGCAAUGCAUGCCCUUGAGUCUUGACUAUGUUAUGUGAUGAAUCCGAGGUUUAAGGGAUCAAGGUGAGUUGGGUGGGGGGGUUAUUUCAAUGCCAUCUUUUGCUUGUUUCGGCGUCAUGUGAUUCUUGUAUUGUUUACUAUUAUAAUAUGCAAGUAUCAGGUAAUGCUUAAGAUGGAAGCAUGUGCAUCUCGUAUGUUGACCAUAACCUCUCCAAGAGUUUUCUUGGAGUUGGGAGAAUCGCUGACUUGAUUAAAGAAAAACAACAAAAGAAUAUAAUAAGAGAUGGGAGGUGGGGUCGGCGCCGUCCCUACACUCUGCCGAAUUCUAGGUUCGAUGAUCAUUUCGGAGAUGAUAUUAGUCUAUAAAAGAGAGGGAAGGAAUGAGGUAAAGAAGCAGAAAGCUGGAGAAAGAUGAUUUCAAUGUUGUUUCCGCGGUCGCCUUUGUGCACAGCAGCCAUAGUAUUCUACACAUGUGUGUGCAUUCCCUUAGGGAGGUUGAAGAAGAAUGGUGGAGAUGCAGAAGCGCAUGAUGAUGACGGUUACCAUCUAGUGGGAGUGAUGUUUGGGGACAAGGAAAAGGAGGAGGAAAUUUGCUGCCCCAUAUGCCUGGCGGAGUUUGAGGCUGAGGAUGCGGUGACCCGUCUUCCCAGAUGCGCUCAUCUCUUCCACAUCAAUUGCAUAGAACCUUGGCUUCUCCGUGGCCAUCUCACGUGCCCUCUCUGCAGAUCAUUUGUAUUGGCUCCAACUCCUUAUACGCGCAAUGUCAAUAAUGUCCACUCCUCUUCCACCUUGUAUCUCCCUAUCUUCUUUUUUUUCUGCCUCUUUCUCCAUCUUCUUGUAGCCUAGCUUCCUUGUUAAUUUUACACCCAUUCUUUAUUUAUAUAAUACAUAUUGUCUUAGUUUCCAAGCACAUAAUGUCUCCAUCUCCUUUUCAUUCAAGAGUUUGUGGAUUACUUAGUUUUGUGAAAUACUGUACUAAACAGAGACAAAAGCAGCACGAGUUAGCCUUGUGUGCUGCUGCUCUUUGCUCUGUUUCCCAAAUGAUUUGUUGUUGUUACUCUGCCAUUAAAAAGUUAAUGGUACACAAUGCGAAACUGUCUCGUCUCCCUAAUGAGCCAACUUAAUGGGCCUUAUUUUAAACCAUAACAGAUUAAAAGUGGGCCUUUCCUUUAAUAAAAAAAAAGUUAAAAAGGUUGGAAGAGAAGAGAGAGUAGUAGGCUACAGUUUCAGUCAGAGGUGAAAAUCUGAAAGCAAAGCAGAGAGCUCCCUUCUCCUCGGCGAGGAGGAAGGAAGAAGAAAGCCAGAGAGAGAGAGAGAGA